UUAAAAACAAAAGGUCGCUUCCGAUCGCACGUGUUGCAGUUGCGUCCGUUGUGUAAAUAGUUUACGAGAAUAAAUUUUUCAAAUUUGCUUGCAUUAUACAAUAUGGAAACUAGCGUAGACCUGGGAUUCCUGGAACCGUGUGAAGAGUGGCUACUAGCCAACAAGUUUUUCCGCAGCAAAGUCGGCGGAAAGCCAGCUUGGCUGGAACUGAAGAACAUCCCUACCCCGAAGGAUUUGCUUUGUGAUGAAUGUGGCGAGCCGUGUGUGUUUCUUUGCCAGGUUUAUGCUCCUUUGGAAGAACAGGAACGGUGUUUCCAUCGGAUGCUGUACUUGUUCGUAUGUUUGAAAGCCAGCUGCUAUCAGCCCAAUCAAAACAAAAACAUCAAGGUACUUCGUAGUCAGUUACCACGUAAAAACGCCUUUUACGAUUUUAACCCUCCAAAUGAGGACCAACGCUCGGAAGCGGUCGCAUCGCCGGUGCCACUCUGUGCAGUGUGUGGCUGUCGGGGUCCCCAGCAGUGCUCCAAAUGCAAGAAAGUGAACUACUGCGGGGUCGUCCAUCAGCGCAUAGACUGGAAGCAAAGCCACAAGGCGGCAUGUGGGACAGCGACGGGUGAUGGUAGCCAGUGUUCUACCAUUCUGUUUCCUCAGUUCGAAAUCGUUACGGAACCGGAGGAAAUCGAAUCAACUAAAAAGCUCUCCGAGGAAGAGAACGUCAAGAAGCAGAUGGAGGAAUACGACAAACUGGUCAAGGAAGGGAAAAUCGGAGAGCUUAGUGAGGUAUCCGAGAGUGAAAUGGACACCUAUGCUGAACAGGUGGAGGAUAAGCACUUUGAUAAGUUCAAGAAACGAGUGGCAUUCGAUCCGGAUCAGGUGUUACGAUAUGAUAGGAAAGGAAAUCCGCUGUGGCUGUCGCCGGUUGAGCCGACUGAAAUACCCAAUUGUGAACUUUGUGGAAGUGCUCGAGUGUUCGAGUUCCAGAUAAUGCCCCAGUUGCUGAACAGUUUGAAAAAUGAAAACAUUGACUGGGGAACUUUAGCCGUUUUCACGUGUGAGCAAAGUUGUUCCACCCUCGACAACUCGUAUGCCAAGGAGUACGUCUACAAACAGGAUGUCAUCAGUACGGACCCACCAAAGGCGCUAGAAGAAACCAGCUCCUAGGUAAUACGUGUAACUUUACCAUUUAUUUAUAUACUCUGUAUAAUAAACAAAUCCCUGCGCCUUGUAUCCUCCCAUCGAGGAUACAAGCUCAUCAAUGAUUAAACUGGUUAAAUGCA